AUGUCUUUGUACGGUGCGAAAGACUCCGACUUCAGGCCUGUCCCUUACACAAGAUUAGCUCCAUGCGAGCGAAAACCUGAAGGGGAUAUCAACUGCCCUGACAUUCGUAGCAAUGGAACCACACGGCUUCGACAAGGUCAACUCGUCCUAACCAGAAUUCUAAGAAUCUUUGAUCUUAUAGCUAAAAAGCAUGGCAUAAGAUACUGGUUGUACAGAGGGACUUUAUUAGGCGCUGCACGUCAUAAUGGACACGUCCCUUUCGACAACGACAUAGAUAUAUGUAUUCCUAAAGAAGACUAUGAGAAGUUUGUUAAAUACGGCGUCAAAGAACUUCCUGAGGAUAUAUUUUUUCAAACGGAAGAAACGGACCGCCACUGGGAAAUUCUACCUUUUAGCGGCUUGCUCGGAAAAUUGCGGGACAUGCGGAGUUGCUAUGGCUGUGGCAGGGCUGGUAGCUGUAAACACAAAAAUGGCUUACAAUUAGACAUGUUCGUUGUUGAAAUGGACUCUAGUGGUAAUUUCUUAGAACUAUUCUCUCACUCAAAUUUGUUUCGUCGAAGAUAUAUUUACGGCCCUUAUGUAAGAAAACCGAGCGAUAUUUUUCCAUUGGCAGAAUUGAAUUUCGACGGCUUUCCUCUUCCAGCUCCGCGAGAGUGGAAGAAAAUUUUGCACUCAUUCUACGGCGAUUUUAUGGUGAUACCAACAAAUAAACCAGUCGGGCAUUUAAAUUCAGAUCCGUUUCACAGUUGUGACGAGAUGCAAUGA